UCGGAGUUUUAGAGCAGAAUUUGCUUCACUUUUGCUUGAAACUAUCAUCUCUUUAUUGCAUUGAAGCCGAGUUCCUUGCUCAACUGCUCUGACGUUGUAGAGAAUGAGUACAGAUAAGCUGAUGAACGGUGACCUGACGCUUGUCGGGCCCGUGUAUGCUGACCGGAGGCCCCGUGUGCGCCCGGCGGCGGUGCAGACCGCCUUCGCCGCGGCCGUCGUGCUGGUCGUCUCGGCGCUGGUGACGGUGCUUCUGCUGCAGAACUGGCAACUCAAGCAGCUGCUGUCUGCGAACGACGAGAGGAUUAUGUCUCUUGAGACGAAACUUGAGGCACUGACUAAAGACAAGGCCUGGGAAAGCAACAAUCGUAUGGAGAGCACUGAGUCGGCAGAUGGUGCCUUCGGUCCUGAUCCCGGCAUGCACCACAGGGCGAAGAGAGCUGCGAACAGCCUGACUCUGCCGUUCGGAGGCUGCGCACACGGACCUCCUGGGAUGCCUGGCCUGAAUGGUCGUGACGGUCGCGAUGGGAUUCCGGGACCUCCUGGCCCGCCCGGCUCAUCUGGGCCAUGUAGCCAACCUGGACCCCCCGGCCCACCCGGUCCCGAGGGCCCUACCGGUCCCGAGGGCCCUACCGGUCCCGAGGGUCCCGAGGGCUCACCCGGAUCCAACGGCUCAGACGGCCGGGAUGGCAGUGACGGACUCCCUGGACCACCUGGAAGCUGUAAUUGUUCCAGUAACGAUGUCAGCCCGCUGAGAGAUUGUGACGACGUCUACAAGGCAGGCCACACCACCAGCGGUCUCUACACCAUCCAGCCAGACGCCGCCGGAGCCUCGUUCCGAGUCUAUUGUGAGAUGGAAGCCGGGGUCGGCGGCUGGACUGUCCUCCAGAAGCGCUUCGACGGUUCUGUAGAUUUUGCUAAGGACUGGACAAGUUACAAAAUUGGGUUUGGGGCUCUUGUCGGCGAAUUUUGGCUCGGAAACGACAAGAUCUAUCAGAUCUCUAACGAGAAGGUAUAUCUUCUGCGCAUUGAUCUCGAAAAUUGGUCCUCGGAAACGGUAUACGCUGAAUAUGACAGGUUCUAUAUCGAGGAUGAAGCAGCAAAGUACCGUCUGCAUGUUGGUGUCUAUAGCGGCACUGCUGGGGAUGGUGGGAGGGGGUUAAGCUCUCAUGAUGGGCUCAAAUUCUCAACUCACGACCAGGAUAACGACGAUCAUUCGGGCUAUGACUGCGCAACUGGCAAUGGUCGUGGUGGUUGGUGGUAUGGAGCCUGUGACAACGUUAACCUGAACCAGCCGUACAAGCAUGGCGGCGGGGGGGAUAAUCAACAUGGUAUAGAAUGGACAGCAUGGGCGGCUCACGGGUACUCCAUCAAGGCUUCUGUCAUGAAGAUCAGACCUGCUCCUUAGAAAUAACCACAAACCAAACCCACGACCUGACGUUUGCAUCUAACAACUUUUUUCUUCGCAAGCUUUCAGCUAACAGCUUCUUCACGUAAUGUUCCUUUUAAGCUGUCUUUCAGAAGAGUAAUGCUGGAGCAAAUCUCUUAACAAUGCUAUGUUAACAACCACCUCACUUGACUUUCUUGAUUCUGUCUGCACGAGCCCUUUCACGGUGAGAUAAAAUUUCAAUCCUGCGCAUAUUUCGACAAAUCUUCUCCUAAAACGUGAAUUGUGAUGGCAAUGUUGUGUAAUGUGUACACAGGGAGCAUUAUGAACGUAGCAUAAAGCGUACGUAGUCGACAUUCAUGAGAAUAAAAAGUUUCUUGCGCGUCCCCUCCACCAACACCACACCACACACACACACAAACGCACACACACGCACACACACACACGCACACACACACACGCACA